UUGUAUUUUUAGUUUCCGUAUUAGGUUCGGUCUGUCUAAAGCGCCAACGGAAUUAAUAUUCCUUUACCGCUGCGAAUGGCAACCGCGACGAAGAAAUCUAGGUUUAACGAUUUUGACCAGAUAUGGAUUCAAGAUCACAGCGUCUCAAUUCCUCCGCUUGCGCCUCGAUUAUCUACAUGUUCCCUCCCCCAACACGAGGCAGCGAAGAAUUGCACAUUUGGACAAGAACCGAUUACGGUUGUGACCUGAAUUCUCCAAAAGAUCUUGCCUUUUCCGUUCCCAACAGAGAACACCCGUAAUCAACUUGCGAGCUUCCGAUGAAGACAUUCUAUCUGCUGAUCUAAUUCUAAAAUUCGAUUUGUCUUCUUUUUUUUUAUGUUGGUAUCAGCCGUUAAGUUGAAAGCUCGGAGGCGAACCCCUUGCUUUCAACUCUGGGUUGUUUGUUCCUCCGUGUGCUUUCCUCGUUCAGCGAUGCAUCCUCUCCUUGUCCUUCAGCGUGCUGCCUCUGGUGUGCCCGACCCUGCUGAUGAUGGCAAGACCCGAUGGAACGACGACGAGGCGCGAACCCAUCCCUCAAUCACCGCCAUCGCUCCGCUAGACAACCCGAAUGUCCCUCUUUGUCCUCACCUUCCAGCAUCAACCGCAGAUAGGGGAUCCUCCUCAUCAACUGAAACUGUCACAGUCCCUGAGGUUGAUUCAUCUCCACCCAUGCUCUCAGCGAUGGCCGCGGGAGAUUCCACUGCCGCUUCUUCCACCACUGCGUCCCCGAUCACUGCUUCCAGCCUGUGUGAUGACGCAUUGCCUGGUUCUGAGCAGCUACCCUUGCCUGCGCAUAUCUUCGAAGAAGCACUCAAACACAUCCAAUCCGCGUCGCUCGAUAUUUCAAACAGCAUCGCCUCAUCGCCCCAAACACCAACGACGCCACCGCCCUUGAAUCAUGUAUCUGUAACUGAUUUUCUUCUUGCUGGCUCCCCGUCGUCGCUCUCGGACUUGCAACAACACCUCGAUCCAUUGACAAUCUCCAACCCAAAAGAGUCUCUUUCAAUAUUUCCGCCGUCGACUACUACUAUUACGGAAGUGGAAGAAAUUCAACAAUCUCCGCCAACUGUAUCCCCCACAGCAUCUCCUUUAUCUAUCAAUGCUUCUACCAUUAUUUAUCAUCAACUUGCACCUCCGGGUAAAAACGAUCAAACGAAGCACGAAUACAGCCGACCUCCUUGCGUUAGAUGCAAAAAAUCCAAGAUCCACUGUACGUAUUUACCUGGCACGACGAAAUGCUUAAAUUGCAAGCAAGGAAAGAGAUGUUGCCUCCCCAGUGGCACACCUUAUACUCGAUUACCCCCACCCGACCCCAACACGACUACGAACGCAGACGACGAAACGACACCACGGCUGAUGGCCGUGAUGACCAGCGAUCAACUGUCCCCUUACCUCUCCGAUGCUUCCACACUUGUUAUGACUUCGCCACCCCAGCAACUUGCCAACCCUUCCUUAGCAUACAACCAGAUUUAUCAUCCACCAUCGCAGCCCCCACCGCAACAAUCUCAACCUCGACCCCCACAUUCGCAUUCACAUUCACAUCACCAGGUGGCGCAUCCUCAACACCAGCCGCAGCAACAACAACAGCAACAACAGCAACAAUUCGAAGAAGACCCCGAAGUCCAACGUAUGAUUAAUGAGCAAUACUUCCCUCCGACCUUGAUUGUGCGAGGCAUCGUUUCCCCUGAAGAAGUCCAGCAGCUUUUCUCCAUGUGGGUAUACCCGAAUCAUUACCCUUGCUUGACCAUUACAUUUGAUAUGAACUGACUUUGAACCAUUGGAUUGACUGUUGCAUCACCCACGUUCACCUACUCCAAUCAUUUGAAAUUCGGCAUCCAUUCAUGUUCGGCACGCACUGAAUAUAUGGAUAAUGGGUCAAUUGGUCGCUCUCUAACCGUUCUUGGGAUCUGGAUUCUGGACCCCCAACCCCUCCUUCAUCACUCGGCGGAAUGGAUCUAACCCCCUGGUUGUAGAUUCUAUACUCAUUUGAAUCCCCAUGCGGAGAUCUUG